AAGACUGACAGAUGGUCUUUCCUGUCCUGACUCCAGUUAUUGGUAAUUGAUCAGAUCAGGGAGCAGCACUGAUCCAGAUUACUCCCCGUAUUCACCGGAUCAGCAGGCAGCGCCCAGGGUCAGAGGUCAGCCAAUCACAUCAAGCCUGUGCCCUCUUGCUCCUCCCCCUGCACCUGUUAAACUCUCUCACCUAAAGAAUCACUGCAACAUCAAUACAUUACCUACUGUUUAUCUACUGAUCAAUAGUGUUAUACAGCAGGCUGUGUAACUGAUAACUACCCAGCCCCUGAUUUAGUCCUCACAUGAACAGCAGCUAUAUAUAUUUAUAUAUUCUGUUUUCUGCUCCUGUGUUGUUCUAAGUUAGUCUGGUCAGGAUUGGUGGGAUAAGCUCCAGCAGAUGCUGCUGCAGUGCGGCGUGGAGCCCGGGUCAGGCCAUAUGGUCCAGGGCUGACUUCAUUACCUGAGGACACAGCGCUUAACACCAAUCCCUCACACAGGAGACCCACUUCAGCCUCACCCGGCGACCGGCUGCUCGACGUUGAGCCGCUGUACCCGAGAAGAUAUCAGUUACUCAGGUAGACUGUUCUGUUCUGACGGUGAUGUUCUGGAGGUUCUGGAUGGCUACAGAUCAGGAGAAAAGCUGCAGAGAUUUAACUGCUGACCGGGAAGAAAGCGGUCCAUGUACUUUUUCCUGUCCCUGGACUUAAGAGAAUGUGUAAGAGUAACAUGCGCUGCAUCAAAUGUUGUGUACUUCGUGAGAGGUUGUUGUAUUUGACCAGUGGAUCUGGGUCAGCAUGGCUGUUUCUGAAGAGAUCUGCAGCACCAAAGAUGUCAGGCUGCAGUCCCCCGCCUGCCCAAUAGGUGACCAAUCAGGUCCCGGUGUGAAGUGGAAGCAGCUGAUGUGGCAAAAAGCCGUGCGGCACAUUAUAGACCAGCGAGAGAUCUGUCCUGACGUCCAAACCUCUUCCACGCACAGAAUUGUUGUGACCGAUGCGUACAUUGACGACAUCAACCGGCAGAUCCGCACCAAGGCGUCCAGGGGCAGCACUGGGCAACACAAGCGCCGCUCCUCAGCUGCCCAGGUUCACCCUCUCCGCGAUCAGGACGCCACCGGCAGAGAGAAAUCUACCGACUCGCUGAGCGAUGGAGUUUUCUUUAUCAGCUGGGGCACCACGGUGCGAGGGGUCUACCUCCCGACCCUCCACCACACCUUUAAAUCCCUGGACCUGGAGCGCCUGUACCAGCAGCACUCCUUGGCUCAGCGCCGCACCUCCCUGGUGGUCACCAAUGUCAUUGACAUUCUGACCAAGCUCCACAUCCUCGUCAUCUACCUGGCAGUGGCUCCCGAGAUGGUGGACUCGCUGCGAGGCCUGAUGGCCGGGCUCUUCAUGGCCGUGGGGGCGCUCUUGUGCGUCCUGGUGCUUUCCUGCAAGGGGGCGAUGUCUCCAGAGUAUCUCCACUACGCAGGUUUGGCCAGCUGGUUGUCUCAGACCAUACAGGCUCUGGGUGGACUGGUUUACGGACUGGAGAAGGACCAAUCCUGGUAUGUGCUCUUCACACUGUUUGCCACUUACACGUUGCUGCCUGUUCCUCUGCUCUGGUCCAUUUGCACCGGUUGUGUCACUGCAGCCCUGCACCUGCUGGUCGAGGCCCUUGGGAACUACAACAAUUCGGCAAUAGUCCAAAAGCUGCUGGCGAAAGGGCUGCUGUAUGUGGGGAUGAACACGGCCGGAUUGUUUAUCCACUAUCUAUCAGACCGAACUCAGAGACAGGCGUUCCUGGAGACGCGGCGCUGUAUCGAGGGGCAGGUCCGUCUGGAGCGCGAGAACCGCAGACAGGAGCGGCUGGUGAUGUCUAUUCUACCUCGUUUCAUUGCUUUGGAAAUGAUGGCAGAUAUGAGCGCCAUGGAGGAGGUCUUACCCCCUCAGCAAUUCCACAAGAUCUACAUCCACCAGUACAAAGACGUCAGUAUCCUGUUUGCUGACAUUAAAGGCUUCACCACUCUCUCCAUGACCAUGUCGGCGCAGGACCUCGUCCGGACUCUGAAUGAACUGUUUGGACGCUUUGACCACCUUGCAGAGGAACACCACUGCAUGAGGAUAAAGAUCCUGGGGGAUUGUUAUUACUGUGUUUCUGGUGUACCUGAGCCUCAGAGAGCCCACGCACGCUGCUGUGUGGAGAUGGGUCUGGCCAUGAUCAACACUAUCCGAUAUUUGCGUAAUGAGCUGAAGUGUGAAGUGGACAUGCGGAUCGGGAUUCACUCGGGCUCCGUGUUCUGUGGAGUUCUGGGUCUCCAGAAGUGGCAGUUUGAUGUUUGGUCCUGGGAUGUUGAUGUCGCCAACAUGCUGGAAGCAGGAGGAAUCCCUGGGCGAGUUCAUAUCUCCCGGGCCACCCUGGACUGUCUGGAAGGCGUGUAUGAAACAGAGGAAGGCAACGGCCAGGAGCGCAACGACUUCUUGCGUCGACACAAGAUCGAUACAUUCCUCAUCCUCCACGUCCCACAAGAGGACACAGAGCCUCCUAGAGCCCGGCGACCCAGUCGAGAAGAUGUGUCCUGGAGCGCCGAGCUGCCCUUUGAUAACAUUAUCGGCACAAACUGCAUCUUAGCCACCUUCACCAAUGGCUCCAUGGGACAGCUACCUAACCUGAAUGCUGUGCUAUGCUCUGGUUCCCGAGAGAUCAAUAAGAGGAUCAGACAGGCCAUCGAGGUCCGCAGCAGCGAGCGGAUGAGGAAAGAGCACAUCACACCGCUCACACUCGUCUUUAAAGACGCAAAUGUAGAAGGAAAGUUUUCUCAAAUGAGAGAUGAGAUGUUCAAGUCCAACUUGGCCUGCUCCUUCCUUCUGCUGCUCCUCAACAUGGCUGCCCAGUAUCUCAUCCCUUCCCCACAAAUCAACUACAUGAUGAUCCUGUUCCUGGUGUUCCUGGUGGUCUACUCACUGGUGUUAUUGGUCACACUGGCUGAGGAGUUUAAAAGCUCACCCGCGUGUCUUCAGCACCUGUGCUGCUGGAUCCAUGAAACCAAGAGCGUCCGCGACCUGCUCACAAUCAUCGCCAUAGCCAUCAACUUCGGGGUGGCGUCCUCAGACAUUUUGUCGUGCAGCACAGUGGAAGCAGAUGAAAACGGAAGCUCGGAACCUCGAGGAGCUCAAUGGCCAGUUAACAUCUGCACGCAUCCAGAGUUCUUUAUACUGAGUGGGGUGGUGGCGAUGGUGACCUGCGCUGUGUUCCUGAGGCUGAGCUGUCUGCUGAAGCUGGUGGUCCUGAUGUUGGCCAUAGCUGUUUACACUUACCUCAUCGAAGUGGCCUUCCACAUGCUCUUCAUCCGGGAACACCAACGCGGCCAGAACCCACGAUCUCAGUACUUAAGAAGAAAAAGCAUCUCGGUGCUGCUGAUGGCCAUGUUCGUUGUGGUUGUUCUCUACAACAGCAGACAGUUGGAGACCACCGCCCGGCUGGACUUCCUGUGGCGCCUGCAGGCCAGACAGGAAGUGGAAGACAUGAAAGAGCUAAGAGAACAUAACGAGUGUCUGCUUUACAACAUCCUGCCUGCUCACGUCGCCAAGCACUUCCUCCAGAGAGACAGAAACGACGAGGAUCUGUACUCUCAGUCCUAUGAGAAGGUGGGGGUGAUGUUUGCCUCGAUUCCGGGUUUUACUGAUUACUACGAGCAGAAGGAGAUGAUUAAUCAGGAUGUGGAGUGUCUUCGUUUACUCAACAAGAUCAUCACUGGUUUUGAUGAGCUGUUGGAUGAACCCUAUUUCCAGGAGAUUGAGAAAAUUAAAACCAUCGGCAGUUGUUACAUGGCUGCAUCCGGCCUUUCUCCUGAUAAACAGGAGCAUGGGGACGAGUGGGCUCAUUUCAGUGAGCUGGUUCUGUUUGCGUUGGGUCUUCAGGAGACGCUAAAGGAAAUAAACAAGCGCACCUAUAACAACUUCCAGCUCCGAGUGGGCAUUGCCCACGGACCAGUAGUUGCAGGAGUCAUCGGUGCCACGAAGCCACAGUACGACAUCUGGGGGAUGACAGUUAACCUAGCCAGCCGCAUGGACAGCACUGGGGUGAGCGGCCGCAUCCAGGUCCCCGAGAGCUCCAGCCGCAUCCUGUUCGAGCGAGGCUUCGUCCUGCAGCUCCGGGGCGAUAUCUACGUUAAAGGCGUGAGCGAGAAACAUGGCAGCCUCCGCACGUACUUCGUCCGCGACCGGGAGCAGAGGUCCAGUCACACUGAGAGGAACCCCACACGGAGGUUCUCUCAGGGGAGGAACACCCUGUCCGCCGUCGUCUUCAACCUGGUGCAGGCCCGCAAGAGGGAGCAGCUACGCGAGGCUAACGGAGGGUUUCACCUCUGACCUUGCCAGUCUUGCGGUCAACUGUGACUUAAUCAGCCAGUCUAACGGUCAACUGUGACGUCAUCAGCCGAACAGUAAUCUCUGACGUCAUUAGUCAGUUGAACGGUGAACUGUGAUGUAAACAGUCAGUAGAGCGGUAAAUUGUGAUGUUAUCGGUCAGUAGAACAUUAAACUGUGACGCCAUAAGUCGAACAUUGAACUCUGGCUACAUUAGUCAGUGCGUUGAUAAACUGUGACAUCAUCAGUAGAAACGUAAACUGUGAUCAGUUGGACUAUAAACUGUGCUGUCAUCAAUAGAACAGUGAACUAUGACGUCAUCAGUCAGUUAAAUGGUAAAGGCCAAGUAAUACUUUGCACUGGAGGCCAAUGGACAAUUAUACACAUUAUAAACCCUUUAACCUCACCGCCAGGAAAAAAAGCUAUUAAAUGUUUUUAUUUUGUAUUUUUUGUUGUUUUUGGUUAAAAGUUUUUUUUUUAGUUUCUUUUUAAAGACCCCCAUUUUUAAACAUACCUCUGCCAAAUACUGUAUCUGAGAUUGUAUUUUGUUAAGUAUAUUUGUCAUAAUUUUGUUCAUUAAACCUCUGAAAUCAAAAUAUGCUGUAAAUUAGUUAUAUACAAAAACACCAAACCCUAGCUACCCAACAUCAGCUACCCAACCUAGCUACCCAACCCUAGCAACCCCAACCCCAGCAACCCCAGCUUCCCAAACCCAACUACCCAAACCCAGCUACCCAACCCUAGCAACCCCAACACCAACUACCCAAACCCAGCUACUAAACCCCAGCUACCCAAACCCAGCUACUUAACACCAGCUACUUAACCCCAGCUACCCAAACCCAGCUACUUAACCCCAGCUACCCAAACCCAGCCCCAACUACCCAACCUAGCUACCCAACCCUAGCAACCCCAGCUACCCAAACCCAACUACCCAAACCCAGCUACCCAACCCUAGCAACCCCAACACCAGCUACCCAAACCCAGCUACUAAACCCCAGCUAUCCAAACCCAGCUACUUAACACCAGCUACCCAAACUCAGCUACCCAAACCCAGCCCCAGCUACCCAACCUAGCAACGCCAACACCAGCUACCCAAACCCAGCUACUAAACCCCAGCUACCCAAACCCAGCCCCAGCUACUUAACCUAGCUACCCAACCCUAGCAACCACAACACCAGCUACCCAAACCCAGGUACUAAACCCUAGCUACCCAAACCCAGCUACCCAAACCCAGCCCCAGCUACCCAACCUAGCUACCCAACCUAGCUACCCAACCCUAGCAACCCCAACACCAGCUACCCAAACCCAGCUACUUAACCCCAGCUACCCUUACCCAGCUACUUAACCCCAGCUACCCAAACCCAGCUGCUUAACCCCAGCUACCCUUACCCAGCUACUUAACCCCAGCUACCCAACCCUAGCAACCCAAACCUAGCAACCACAACACCAGCUACCCAAACCCAGGUACUAAACCCCAGCUACACAAACCCAGCCCCGGCUACCCAACCCUAGCAACCCCAACACCAGCUACCCAAACCCAACUACUAAACCCCAGCUACCCAAACCCAGCUAUUUAACCCCAGCUACCCAAACCCAACUACCCAACCCUAGCAACCCCAACACCAGCUUCCCAAACCCAGCUACUCAACCCCAGCAUGGGGCUUGACCAACAACAACUUUUUUGUACAAAAGUGGCAGACCCCUUAAAUGGCUCAUUUUAAAAGAGACAGAAAUUAGGAAGAAUAAAACACAUAACACAGUAGCAAGAACAGCAAGAACAUAGUAGACAUAUGUUGGUAAUAGUAAUUUUAUUUUUUAAUUUGCUCUUUAUUUAAGCAAUUUAAAAACUAAAAUCAGUAUUACCAAAACCCCCUUUUAAUUUCCCCCAGAAAGUGUAAACAAAUUCACUAAUCAUAAAAACUCUGCUGAUCUGGAUGCUGAUCUGCAGAAACACCUUUAUAAUGACACACAACACAACACCGGAUGUUCUAGACGGGUUUAGAUGAAACAGACCAGUCCACACGUCACUACAGACACUUAGUCGCACAUCACUUUGGGGGUUUGCCCAGUAAAUCAUUUUCGGAAGAAAACAACCCAAAAGCUCCACAAUCUUGGAGAACAGCAUUCCAGCAACAUCUGCUCUGUACCUGUAAUAAACUACAACAAUAGACCUGCUAACAGACAAAACACUACUUCAGCAUUAACCAUGAAAACUAUUCUAUCUCUCUGUUCCUUCCUGAGUACAUUUACUAACAGACCACCAAACGACAGCUGCACUCAGCACCACUCAGCCGGGUCAAACACCAGAACUUAACACCAUAUUUUUGCCUCUCAACAUCUAAACCUGCCUUUUAAUGCCUCAGUAAUCUAAGACAAAGCAGAUCAGAAUUGCACACAUAUAUAUGUAUAUCGUCGCUGUCCAAUGAAAAACACUUAUCUCCAAACCAGCAACUUUACAGGAGAGAGAAAAAAACGUGUAAACUUUCAAUAGAAGUCAAUGUAAAAAGAGUUUAUUUCAGGUAAUUUUGAAGAGUUUCUAUUGGUCCGUUCAUCAAGAAAUUUUGGCACAGUGUAAAGGACAGUUUGUCUGUUCAGAUUAUGUAGAAAACUAAAAAUCGACAAAAAUUGAGAUAAGUGUUUUUCAUUGGACAGCGACGAUAUACUGUAUGUGUAUAUGUGUAUAUAUUGUAAAUGUAUAUGUGGAUUUACCGUACGUGUAUCAGUUUUUUGUGUUA